GAGCUGCAAUGGGAACUCCCAGGCAAACAUUUUUAAUUUGACUUUUUUUCAGUAUAAAAAGAUGCUGGUGAAGAAGUUACAAAGAAGACAGUACAUUUUCUGGGAUAUCCCCCUUCUCCACGCCAAACACUCCUCCCUCCAAAUGUUGUUCUUUAUGUUAACUGAUUAGCUUUGUUGAAAUGGCCGCAUUUAGGUAUUAAGGGGAAUAUAUAUUUAGAGGCUUAGGAAAUUACGCCAAAGGAUUUUUCCGUGCUUUGGGCAAUGGGUGGUGUAGCCACCCAGUGCGUUAAAUUUUGCAAAAGGAACUGUGUGGCUGGCUUCGCCCCUGCCCUACCUCUCCAAACAGAGUCAGGAGACGGAAAUGGUACCACUCUCCCACCGUUCUUAUUGGCUGGCUUGCAGUUCACCUCAUAGCCUUGGCGUAAUGACUGUGCUGUGGGAUUUGACAGUUGCAACAUCUAAUCUGCCUCCCAGGCGCUGCUCACUUCCAGGGAGUUCCACUGGCCCUCCCUCAGACUGAUGUAAGAACUAGCCACAACUUUAAUUAUGAGUCUUCUGGAAAGAACCAGGGAGACCGUCUCCCAUACCAUGACUCCGUCUGCUCUGCGAUGAAUGAACAAGCCAGCUCUUAGGGCUAACUCCCCAAACAGGCGUCAAACCCAAAGCGUAUCAGGGCAUCUGCUGAGAGGAAGGUGAGCAGAUGGUGGAGGACUCAUCACUCAAGGAAUCCCAGUUGCCUCCAUAUCAUGUGCUUCUAAAGCAACUCUUCCAAAACGACACAACUUAUAUCAGGGCCCUGCGAUGGGAUGGAGAUUUAUGACUUUGAUGUGCUGUCUUCAACCAGUCUCCGGUCCCUGGGGAGUAUGCAGAAGCAACUGAUCCCAGGAGGCAAGGGUGUGCCCUGCAACCUCACCAGGAUCCUCACAGGACUCAGAGGACUCCUUGAGUUUCGCAUCAUCUGGCUGUCUGGCACCAUCAAAGAACUGCCUUUCUGACCCCACAAGAGCUCAUGGGUGGAUGGGGGCAGGAAGGAGCUUGGGGAGCGGACUGAUGCCAGCCAGGCUGCCUCACGGGGAGGUGGAAACACGUGGCCAUGCCAUCAGCAUCCUGUUCGGCUUUUGGACAAGUUUCAUCUGUGACACCUACGUAGCCCUCGCUUGGAACAACAGGAUUAAAUGUGGCCCUGGUGCUAGCUCCUCUUCUGAUUACUCACACCCCAGGAUACAGCAGAACAGAAGGCAAGGCCAUGCAAAAGAGGACUAAAGACAGGUGCCAGAAGCAGGUGACAUCCAGACUCUUGGUCUUUGGAUGUGGCUAUUUCAAUCGAGCCACGUUUCUGCAGCUAUUUUGACAUGAGGAUAUUUUGAUUUGGCCUAAAAAUUCGGCCGAUAAAGGUUUCGUUUUUCAGCACAGGGAAUAUAGCCAGAAUUUAGAACAACUUUAAAUGGGAGUGUAAUCUGUAAAAAUAUCGAAUCACUAUGUUGUACACCUGUAACUAAAAUAACACUGUAAGUCAACUAUAAUAAAAAACAAUUUUAAAUCAAUGAUGAGUACGAAGGGCAUUUUAUACUUCCUGAGUUUUACCCUAGCCUCAAGCUGCACCCUAUUGCCAACCCAACUUCUAGGCAUCCAGGUGUGUGGAUCAGGAACAGGUAAGGGAAAGGUGUGGGAGAGGUUCAAAAUGGGAAAGACAUCUGGGAUCAGGUGGCCGUCGAGGAUGGAGGAAGUGUCGGGAAUAAGGGGCCUCUCGGGGCUGGGGGGAAGGCCAGGAAGAGAGGAGGGUUGCGAGGCUUCCAAAGUCAAUGGAAGGGUCAAGCUGGUCGAGACUGGGUUGGAGCGGGAGUCAGAGAUGGGAGUGAGGGGCGGGGAAUUGGUUAUCAACAUAAAAUCCAGGGGGCCUGCAUCUCUGGCUCGCCUGUGCUGAAGCGGGGUCACGACAGCGGCAUGAAUUCGUGGGCGUUGGACGCAGGACAGCGCAGACGGCUCCUCCACAGGUCGUGUCUGACUCACAGAGGUCUUGCAGGUCACUCGAGGGCUUGUUUGAACCUCGGUCUCUCCGUAGACGGUGCAGAGGAUCCUGUCUGCCCUCCUUCUUGCCUCACCUGUGUUCUCCCUCCGGGCGACGGGACGAGGAAGGAGCCAGCCGCUCAUACAGCACCUUGGGGCACUGGGAGGAGGUGCCUGCGUAGCUGGGGGGCACUGUUGGUGUGAGUGCUCCGUGAGUCAAGGGUUUCUGAGUCGGGCAAGUGUCGCCGUCUCUGCCUGGUGAUUCACCUGGACACAGAGAUGCCUUCAGCUGGAAUGCACGGCGUUGGCGAUGAAUCUGGUCUGGCUGUGGCACAGAACCUCAUCUUUACCCAAAUGCUGGCAACAUGAGGAGGCCUGUGCAGAGGGGCACGAGGGGAUUCGAAGGGAAGAGAGUAGAAAGGACUCUGGCAUUUCUGCCUGCCCCCUGGAGCUCUGCUGUACAAAGAAGGACGGUCCAAUCAUCGAUGUCCCUGUGCCGGGGAAGACAUUCUUCCAAAUUCUUCUGCCGUUUGUCAGACUUGCCAGAGUCCCCAGAGGCGGUUCCGGUGUGACAGGAGGUGGGGGGAAGGGAGCACUUUCUCCGCCAGGCUUCACCGCUUUCUAUGUUGAUCUUCUGCCUCCCGGUGGUGAGGCCUUGCAGAUUUGGGAACGGAGGGUCCUUCCAGAAUGGGUACAAGGAGGCAGCAGGGCCUAGGGCCUCAGCUUCCAUGGGGCUGGACUGAGAGCCUUCUCUGAGCCCUGGGGCAGAAGAGAAGGACAGGAAGGGCUCCCGUGUCCCCGCAGCUCACUGACCCAGUGCCCUGGAGGCGUGCCGGCCACCCCCAUCCCUGCUCUACAAGCCACAGCGCCAUCUCCCUGGUACCGGGUUUAUCUGCCUUCCUGACACCCACUCCUCUUGCUUCGUGCUUUCUCACCCGGCGCCUGCCUGCAGAUUUCCUAUGGCUUCCUUUCUCAGACAUUGCGUUCGAUUCCCUCCUCACAUUUACUCCCAAGUGCCAAGAACAAUUCUGUUCGGGCAGGAGGAUAUUAUUUGGCUUAAAAGAGAGAAGGCGCGGUGGCUUCUCCGCAGAGCAUCCUUUGGGCUUAUGUGGGGACUUGUUCUGGGAACUGUUUAGAGUCUCCCUCUGGUCUCCCUGCAGCCCCACCCCCAACGUCACCUCUCUGUCGCUCUGCUCUCAUUGCUUUUAACUGGAGGACGAUACGAGCUUCUCUUUCGGAGCCCAGGUGGAAGGGCUCGGCACCUCCGCCCCCCCACCACUACUCCUCAAGGACCCUGGCUGUGUCCACUCGGCGCAGUACGAUGUGUGUUGUCACCACUGCUACAGACCCGAGCCUUGUCCCAGGACCUGUGUGACCUCUUCUUGGCCCUUUAGCUGGGGAACCCAUCCCCUGUGGCAGCCCUUCCGAAGCAAUCCUGGCUUUAACUGGAAGGGUCAGGGCCAACCAACGCUUGCUCUCUGAUGUCAUCGAGUUGACUUGAGACACAUGCUAAGCACAGUAGCUGGCACAGCUGGCAUUGUUCUCGCUGGUCCCUACUCAUGGUUUGGGGAGGCUGUAUUGCCCCAUCUAUCACUUUGUAUAGUGAUUCGGGAAUUUGCUGUCAGACACAGAACGCAACUUAGAGGCCAGAGGGGCUGAGCCCCACCCAGGCAGCAGGCAAGCCGGCCAGGCCUGUCCCCAGAGGGGAGGGUGCUGCUGGGAGAGGCCGAGUCCUGGACCUGGUCCUGCCUGGACCUCCUGUGAACAAAAGGCUUCGUUCCCUCUAGACCAGGGGACAUUCUGCCCUCCAGGAAGAGAGUGCUGCCUUUCGGGGUGGCGGGGGGAUGGAGGCUUUGAGAGGCCAGCCAGUAAGACCCCUAAAGCAAUUAAUCAGUCCAGUCCCUGAGCACCAAGCCUCCUGAAAUUGGAAGGUGCUUCCAGGGACACGAAUUGGCUCCUUCAAGUCCCACCACAACUCCUGGAGGUAAGCAGAGAAGGUGUUAUUACUCUGA